AUGGUUUAUAGAGGAAAGCCCGGACUUGGCUGCGCGCUGUGUCGACAACGGCGCCUUGCAUGUGAUCGUCGCCGGCCAUCAUGCUCGCAGUGCAUUAGGAUUCGGAAGGAAUGCACUGGAUACCGAGAUCCCGAAGCCUUACGAAUCGUAGAUCAGACUACAGAAGUCUCGCUGAAGGUUCAAGCCCAUCGAAAGCAGUCAUCUCCGCCAAGGAUUCCUACCCCACCUAUCUCACUGGAUGACCAUGUUAUGUCCCACAUUUUUAAUUACUGGGUCGGGACCAAUCAAGCCCAAGGCGCGCAAGGCAUGAUCUGGUACUUGCCUGCUUUGUUGAGGAAAGAUCCAUCUCCGGCACUCCGGGCUUCAAUCACUGCCUUGGGGCUGGCUAGUAUUUCCGGGCGGCAGGAGCAGCCUAUACCCAAAUCAAGCCGAUUGGUUGUAGAGGCAUACGGGACAGCACUGUGUGCCAUUAAUGAUGCCUUGAAAGACCCGGCUAUGGCAACUUCUGACUCCACCUUGAUAGCUGUUAGCGUCCUUAGUCUCUACGAGAUGGUAACGAGCAAUAUGGGGAAAGACCAGAUGCAUGGGUGGAUGAACCAUACCCUGGGCGCAACAAGAAUGCUUGAACUACGAGGCAAAGAGCAAAUGAAUUCCGAUUUGGGCCGAUAUCUCUUUGAAAAUUUGAUUCUGGUGAAUGCGGUUGGUGCUUUGCUAUUCAGAUACUCGAAGCAUCACUCCCAAAAAAUCGGCAUGUUAUCAAAGCUUGCAGCUUCAACGCAAGACGAGAGCUCACGAGCUCGUCAUAAAUUCUAUACGAUAGCUGUCCGAGUGAAUGAUCUGGUUGUCAAGAUUGAUCAUGCUGAAAAGACUAUGGGAAAUCUUCAGUAUCUCCUCGGGGAGGGUCUUCUCCUAGAAGCUGAUCUCGAAUCAUGGGGCCUGUCCUUGGGUCAAGAUUGGCACUAUACAUUCAUUGACGGGAUACCAAGUCCGGCCCAUGAAAACUCAAACUCCCCCACAGAUCACAGCAGGUAUCAUAAGUACCACAGUCUUGAUAUAGCCGGCAUCUGGAAUCUAUACCGUCAGACCCGGAUAAUUGUCAAUGAGACUAUUCGAACGGUGUCUCAUUGCCUCCUUGGACUCGAAUGGACGUACGAGUGGGAGUAUAUAAUGUUUCAAGCGGUUGAUACCAUCGAUCAACUAGCGGAUGAUGUCUUGGAUACUGUUGGCUUCUACUUGAACUCUGGCCCAUCAGGGGUUGGAGCUGUGCUGCGAUUACAAUUGCCACUGUUCAUUGCCGCCAUCUGCACUGAUAAGUCGUCAGAAAGAUAUGAGCAGAUUUUGGGAAUAAUUGAGAUGCUUGCAACUGUGACUGGUUUCAAGCAGACCUCUAAUUUGGCUCAACGACUUAGAGAGGGGUGCACACAUGGUAUUCUUCCCCAGUUAUCUAUGGUCCAUUUCUAG